AGUUUUCACUACUUCCUUUUCUUCAUUCAGCAUUCACACCAAGAGAGAGAUGGGGGCUUGUUUGUCUUGCAACUCAUCCUCCACAUUCAAGAACAUCCGUGUGGUUCAUCUCAAUGGUUAUGUAGAGUACUUUGAGCAAACCAUUUCAGCUAGGGAAGUAAUUGGAUACCCCUCAAACCACUUUGUUUGCACCUCCACUCAGCUUCUUUCAUCCUCUUCAUCAAAAUCAUUGAAUGGAGACACACAUCUCCAACCGGGGCAAGUGUAUUUGAUGCUACCAUACUCAGUGUUGCAACCUGAUGUGUCUCCUGUGGACUUGGCUGGCCUUGCAAAGAGACUCACCACAAUAGCCAAAGCAAGUCCUUUGUCAAGCCAAACAACUCCAACAGUUUGGAGUUCACCCUCCGAGAGUCCUCGCAGAUUUGGGGUUGUAGAGCAAUAUGGUGCUUUGAGUGUGGUGAAUAAAGGAAGAAUCCCUUGUAGAGUUCAAACUUGGAAACCUAUCUUGGACACCAUCACAGAGAAGCCACUCCAUAGGAGAACUGAGUCGGAUUUGCAAGAAGACCUUUCAUGUUAUCGGGGGAAUUAGACAUGCUUGCUUGCAUAUCAGAAAAAAGUUUAUGGGAAAUUACAAAUUUUGUAUAAAUUUGCUUCUCAUUUAGUGAUUUUGUCUCUUGUGAUUUCUAAUCGAUUGUAAAAAAAAGUACUAAUUAAGAGAGUAUUAAGAAGAGUGUGGUUAGUGUUUUUCUUAAAGAAUUAAUUUCAGUAUCUCAUUCUCUACUAAGCUGCACGUACGUAUUGUAUUUACGUACGACUCUUUGGACCUAUGAAUUAUUAUUCACUGGAUAUUGAAGAUUUCAAAUCCAACUAUUAUUUAAACUGAAAGUGAGGUUAGGACUUAGGAGGUUAUCUUGCAAUGUUUAUUUGUCUCCAUGCAAUCUUAGGUUCAAGAUGUAUUGGAAAUAAAGGAGAGUUCAUGUGUCCCACCUUAAGGAAGGUACAGUAUGUACUAUGCAUAUUUAAUUGCAGGCCUUUUCCCAUUUGUUUCGUUGAAUUUGGAGGUUUAGUGAGUUUCGUCGCAGAGUUAGCCGUAUUGGCCUGCAGAUUAUAGAUGUUUAAUUUUAUAUGAAAAACAUAUCAACUUAUUUUAGAAAUAAGUGAUUGUUUAACUUACUCUACUUAGUACAGUAU